UGCACUUGUGGCGGUGAAUGUCUUCAUUGAUUGUCGGCGCCUCCAUGGGCUCGGGAACCUUUUGUGCCUCUCUCUUUUUCAAAUAGUAGCGCCAAGCUGCCUUGGGCCACGAAAGGCUCGCUCCUUGCUGGGGAGGAGAGGAGUGAGGGAGAGAGGAACGGACGGGUAGCGGUGUGGGAAGCCCCUUAUUUUCUGGCUUCCCUUUUGCCUCCCUCGACUCAGGUCUGCCUGGUGGGAAGAGGCAAAAGAGAGUCCCACCGCCUGCCUUUCUCCGCGCUAGAGGCUGGCGUUCGUCUUAGGCGUGGCCCAGGGCGGGGCUGGAGCCUUGGGUUGAGCGUGGGCCGUGCCUUUCGCCACCUCGAGUAGGAGGGAGACCGGCAAGCUGAAGGAGAGGCGGAGAAGGCAGCAGCAGUGGGAGUCAUACGCAGAAGGCGGGGCGCCACCGGGAGCUUUGUGGGCUCCGAGGAAGGGAAAGCGAGCGCCCCUGCAAAGCGUCCCUCGACGGCAUCGCAGGAUCAUCCCCUUCUGCUCGUCCAGGUAUAGCUGUUAGAGGCGGAUGGGGGCGCCUCCGUGGUGAGAAGCGCCGAGGAGGAGCCUCACGGGCUUCUGGAGGAGAAGCAGGUGGGCAUCGGACGGCUGGAGAACCAAUGGGGCCAAGAGUGGGUCGCUGGGAGGAGAGAGGCGCCCCUGUGGUCCGGAGCGCCCCUUGGGAGGGGAAGAAGAAGGAGGAAGAGGAGGAGGAAGAGAGCCCUGCCCCUUCCCCGACGCCACCUCCUGGGGCCAUGCCUUGGGGCAGAAACGCCACACCGUCUUGGAGCCCUUCCCUUCCCUCGACGCCUCGCCCCACGCUCCUGCUCUUGCCUGCUUCCGAGGCCCCAGCAUCUCCCCCGGGCCCCCCAGUGGCGCAGAAGGUGGCAGCUGGUGGGCUGUUGUCGCUGCUCGUGGUGUGGACCCUGCUGGGCAAUGCGCUGGUCUGCGCUGCCAUCCUGGGCUCGCGGCACCUGCGGGCCAAAGUCACCAACAUCUUCAUCGUCUCCUUAGCCAUCUCGGACCUUCUGGUGGCACUGCUGGUGAUGCCCUGGAAGGCGGCGGCCGAGGUGGCCGGCUACUGGCCCUUCGGCGCCUUCUGCAGCAUCUGGGUGGCCUUCGACAUCAUGUGCUCCACCGCUUCCAUCCUCAACCUCUGCGUCAUCAGCUUGGACCGCUACUGGGCCAUUGCCAGCCCCUUCCGCUACGAGAGGAAGAUGACCCCGAAGGUGGCUUUGGCCAUGGCCGGGUUGGCCUGGGCCCUGGCGCUGCUCGUGUCCUUCGUCCCCGUCCAACUCAACUGGCACAAGGGCCAGGAGACUGUUGCCACCCCUUCGGCACCCAGCUUCACCAUCUCUUCUCCCUCAUCCUCUUCUUGGAUCCCCGGGGAGGGCAGUGAAGUGUUGCCUGCAAAAGAGCACUGUGACUCCAGCCUCAACCGGACCUACGCCAUCGCUUCCUCGCUGAUCAGUUUCUACAUCCCCGUGGCCAUCAUGAUUGCCACCUACACCCGUAUCUACCGCAUUGCCCAAGUGCAGAUACGUCGGAUUUCCUCCCUGGAGCGGGCUGCCCAGCAUGCUCAGAGUUGCCGCAGCCACCAUGGCUCGGCCUCCCCUCUUCCUCACCACCCGCUCCAACAUCCCCACCAUCGGCCCCAUUCCUCCAUCCGUAAGGAGGCCAAAGUCCUGAAGACGCUCUCGGUUAUCAUGGGGGUCUUUGUCUGCUGUUGGCUGCCUUUCUUUGUGCUCAACUGCCUGGUGCCAUUUUGCCAGAGGCCUCCGGACUUGCCCUGCGUCAGUGGUGCCACUUUCAAUGUCUUCGUCUGGUUCGGCUGGGCCAACUCCUCCCUCAACCCUAUAAUCUACGCUUUCAACGCCGACUUCCGAAGGGUCUUUUCUCACCUCUUGGGCUGCCACCAACGGGGCUCCAGCGCUGCUGGAGAUACGGCCAAUGCCAGCCGAGAGCUGCUCUCCUUCGCCCCAGAGAGACCCCGUACCGUGGACCCAGAGUUCUUCGAUGGGGUGCCCUGCAUCUCACCCGAGCUGGAGAGGGCACCCGAGGUAGUUUGUGAACUGAAGGCCACCCCUUGUACCUCUGGCUGCCUACUUUAGCCUCCCAGUGGUCAGAGAGAGAGGAAACCUUUUUGCUGUUCCACUGGGACCUUCUUGGUUUGGUGAAAAUCCUGACUGCCAGAAAGCAGAGAAGGCUGUGAGAUGUUUCCAAGCCCAACCAGGCCUUUGCUUCCACUGCUUGUCCUAACUGGCAGGAGCAAACCAACGAACCCCAAUCCAGUACAUUCACUGUGUAAGCAGCAAAAGUUGGAUUUCACUCAGGAAAAAAAAAAUCAAAACACAGGAGGUGUUUUUGAGGGCAUUAUUUCCCUUUGUUUGUUCUGCUCCUGCCAAAUACAGGUGAUGUGUUUCAUGUUUUCUGAAACGGAGAUCUUCUUCCUGCUGUGCUUAUCACGUUCCUGGGGAUUCAAUAAAUUCCGCUGAUCAAAUGAA